AUGGCUGAUAAAUUUCAUAUCAGACCUAAGCGUGUCUAUGAAAUAUGGGAUAAUAAAGAACGCCUCCAGCAAGGGGUGGUCCCAGAGGAAUCGGUCAUUUCAUCUCAGCCUACUUUGGAUAAAAAUUCCCAAACUGAUAAGACAGAACGGACUCUUGAAGUAGUAUCCCUCCCGGCUACAGAGAUUCCAAAAAAGAAUAGUCGAAAAAAGAAGGUUAAAAUAGAUAAGAAGCCGGUUACUGAGGCAACUAGUAUGGUGGAAAAAAAUAACAAAAAUGACAUGGUCUCUUCCUCUGAUAAUUCUUCUGAUACAUCCCAAGAAGACAGGGUGGAAUCUCUUUUUAAAAAUCUAGUUAAUCGUGGUGAAAAGCUUAAGCUUAAGAGUUUAACAACUAAUACCACUCCCCUUAUAUAA